AUGGCUCCUAACUAUGCUUACUACUUUCACAAGCACGAGGGGCUGGCGGGACGGGAGGGAACAGUUGUACCUGGGGAGUUGGCGGCUGAUGCAGCUGAGGCUGGGGCAGCGGAAACUGAUUUGGCGGCGGCUGCUGAUGCUGCUGAGCCCGGGGCAGCGGCGCUGCUGGAGGAGGCUGACGUGGCUGCUGCGGCUGAGGUGACGAGGACGGCGCGGGAGGGGACACAAACGGCUGGGACGGCGGGGGGAGUGUCUGCUGCCGAGACUGCUGCCGCCUCUGACGACGGCUUAACUUCGCCCGCUGUGGUGCGCCCGACUGAGCCGCCGCUACUUGUGGGCGGGGGUCGGGCCGCGGAGGAGUGUCAGACGUUACCGGAGUUGGCUGCAUCCCCGUCACCGCUCGGGACGGCUGAGGUUGCUGCGGUCGUGGCUGAGGCAGGGAGGCGACAGCAAUUACCGCCGAACGCAGAGACGGCGCCGCGUGCCGCUGAGUCCGCCGGAACCUCUGUCGCUGCCGUGGGCGCAAACAGGCAGGGGCACGGCCGGGCGGGGAGUGGUAGACCGGCUGCGCCGACGCAGGCGCCGGGAAACCAAGUCCGCGCCACCAAUGAGGCGCCGGCGGUGACAGGUACAACAGCGGCAGCAGCAGGCACGAACAUAGCGGCAGCGGCUGUAGGGACCAGGCGGUCGGCACGGCUGGGAGCGAUAACCUGGGGACCACCACGGGGUGGCCGCACGCCGUGGAUGCCGGCGGGCCGCGGUGGCAACGGAGCGGCGGAAACGGCGGGAGCGGCUGGGCGGGGACAACGAGGGGUUUUGCGCGGGGGGAUGAGAGGCGGAAGGGGAGGGCGCAACCAACCACCCAGAUCGGAAAUCCCCGUGAGGACUGGUCCCUGGCGGGAGCGUCACGCCAGGCCUGAGAGGAUGAUCCUGCAGACGAAUGAGGGACAAGAGGUUUAUGACAACCCCGGGGCCGAUCCAGAAUUUAUGGCUGGGGAGGAGGAGACCUCGGAAGAAAUCUCGUUGGAAGACGAGGAGGCACCCAGGAGGAGGAACAACCCUGAACCCCAAACCGGGGAGGCGGAGGCGGCGGGGGGUAUUCCCAGCAACCCAGCUGAAGGAGGAGCACCUGCCACGAAGGAGACUGAUGUGCCUUCACCGGCCGACCUGGCAGGCGAUGACGCCAUCUGGCACAUGGCGGGGGAGUGGGAUGUCAACGUGCUUCAGCGGGGGGACCAGCCAUUCCUCGUCCGCCGGCUGCCACCACACCUCCUGGACAGAUACGGUCUGUGCAUGCUGGCAGCACUCCUUCGCCUAGAUAAAAAUCCCAGCUGCCCAGGUGGUUGGAUGGUGCUGCUGUUCCUUCCGAGGCUCACCCUCAUGCCUACGCCCGAACCUGUCUUGGGGAGUCGCUGGGCAGCAAUUGAAGCCAGGCUGCACAAAUUCCAACGAGGUGACUGGUCCGAGCUCUUCGAGGAAGCGGGAGUCAUCCCCGACACAGGAGCCCCGUUCCAGGAGGUGCGGAGUGCAACAUCCACACCGUCCGCUCUCUACUCCGCGAGGACAAGACCCGCAUUGCCCUCCAGCUAG